AUGUUGAGUUAUGUUUUCAUUCAUGCCGUCUCUGUCGACAACUACAUGAAGAGCCUUGUCGGCUUGCUCGUACUCUUGUCAUCUGCCGGUGCCACACAAUGGCAAUGCAGUACUGUGGGCGCAGCAGACGGGCAGCUCGGGAGAAUCAACACCGAUGUCUUCUGCAUCCAGUACUUCCAAGGGCAAGACACUAGUUACUGCUGUGACCACACCGGCUACUUCUGCAUGCAGAGCAACUAUACCAUCUACAACCCCAAUCACGUUGUGCAGGGCUCCUUCAUGGCUGGAAAUCUGACGAGCAACGUGGAUGGGAGCGGGUCGGACAGGCCGACGAGCGUCAAGAAAGGAAUCUGCUCAAUGGACAAGUCAAGGGUCCUCGGCUCCAACUCUCCCUCAGGAGUCAAUGAGUGUGGAGCAGGGAGCACUGAUCCCAACGAUCCCGCCUACUGCAUCGUUGUACUCGAGGCCGCUUGCUUGGAUAACGGCCAGUGUGGAACUGCAUGUGGGACAGGCAGCUACGGUGGAAACGCCCAAUACGGGUAUCAGUGCAUGAAGUUCGGCAAGUACAACCCUCUCUCUGGCCAGCCCUUCUGCUUUGAUUGUCCUCCUGUGUGUGUGGGAGGGACGCACGAGGGCAAGUACUGCUCGACCGGGCUCAAUAGCACAGUCCACCAGAACGGGACGCUCAGCCUAGGAGAUGUCGCGCGGAUUGGAGGUUCUACCUUCGUCAUCGAGCAGGCGGUUUGCGUGAGCAGCGGAGGCACUUGCAAGCCGACCACGACUGCGCUUGUUGGUGCCACGACGCCAUUGCAAUGCGAGAGGACAUGGGAGGGAUAUCCGGACCGCUACCUCCAGUGCAAGGUCAACCCCAACUGCGACCUCACAAAGUUUCAGAACACCCUCUACAAGCCUCAACAUCAGGAUGCUCCGACUCUCUUCUGA